CUGCAGGAGCUGGUGAAGAACGGCCCGGCGCAGCACCCCGGCGCGGUGAUGAUUCGCAAGGCGAACGGCCGCUCGACGCUGCUCAAGUACGGCGACCGGAAGCAGGCGGCGAAGGACCUGGCCCUCGGCGACGUCGUCGACCGGCACAUGCUCAACGGCGACUACGUCCUCUUCAACCGUCAGCCCUCGCUCCAUCGGCUGUCCAUCAUGUGCCACUCCGUUCGGGUCCAUCCCGACCUCACCUUCAAGUUCAACGAGUGCGUCUGCAACCCCUACAACGCCGACUUUGACGGCGACGAGAUGAACGUCCACUUUAUGCAAGGGGAGGAGGCGAAGGCAGAGGCGGCGAUGCUCAUGCAGUCCGCCGCCAAUAUGAUCUCCCCGCGAAAUGGGGAGCCGGUGAUCGCCCCCAUCCAGGACUUUAUCACCUCCGUCUACCUGAUGACCCGGCCGGAUGUCUUCUUCAGCAAGGUGGAGCUGUGUGCGGUCAUAGCGAAUCUGCUCUCCCACAAGGACUACCGGAGGGAGAUUGUGGUGCCCCGACCGGCCAUUCUCAAGCCGUAUCCGGUGUGGACGGGGAAGCAGCUCUUUGGGAUGAUACUGCGCCCCUUCAAGGACUCCAAGAUUCGCCUGAACCUGGUCGCCCCUAGCAAGGCCUACUCGGGAGGGAAGGGGCGGUACAGUGGAGAGAUGUGUCGCGAGGAUGGAUAUAUUCACAUUCGCAAUAGCGAGCUGCUGUCGGGGACGCUGGACAAGUCGGUGAUAGGCGGCGGCUCGAAGAAGAACCUCUUCUACCUGAUUCUGAAGGAGUACAACUCGGAGGAGGCGAUUCAGGCGAUGCUCCGGCUCUGUCGGGUGAGCAGCUUCUACAUUACUAACCGCGGCUUCUCCAUCGGCCUCGACGACGUGACACCCACCGGGCCGCUGGAGGAGACCAAGGCGCAGCUGGUGCGCUCCGGCUACGACAAGGUGGCGCAGUUUAUUGAGCAGUUCAAGGGGCGGACGCUGCAGCCGAUCACCGGCCUGUCCGCCGAGCAGACGCUCGAGUCGCUCAUCCUCAAGGAGCUGUCCGACAUUCGCGACCACGCCGGGAAGGCCUGCAUUCAGGAGCUGAAGACGAGCAAUGGCAAGCGGAACGCCCCCAUGAUCAUGGCCAAGUCGGGCAGCAAGGGCAGCUACAUCAACGUCUCGCAGAUGGCCGUCUGCGUCGGCCAGCAGUCGAUUCGAGGGCAGCGGGUGGCGGAGGGCUUUCACCGCCGAGUGUUGCCGCACUUCAGCCCCGGGGAGAAGGGCGCCAAGGCGAAGGGCUUCGUGGAGAACAGCUUCUGGAGCGGCCUCGACCCUUUUGAGUUCUUCUUUCACGCGAUGGCCGGGCGGGAGGGCCUCCUGGACACGGCGGUGAAGACGGCGGAGACGGGGUACAUGCAGCGGCGGCUGAUCAAGGGCCUCGAAGACCUGGUCGUCCACUAUGACUACUCGGUGAGAAACUCCAGCGGUGAGGUGGUGCAGUUUGAGUACGGCUCCGACGGCAUCGACCCCAUCAACGUCGAGGCGGAGGAGCUGUACAUCGACUUUGAGUACGCCUGGAACCACGUGCUGAUGAUGAAGUGGGAGGAGGAGAAGGUGGAAGUUCGAAGUGAAGAGAGGAAGCCCUUUCUCAAUGGGCAGGAGCUGAAGGAGGAGCUGAGGAGGCGGCUGGACGUAGUUUGCGCCGAGCUGGACUUUGAGAAGAUCUCGAGCAGCAGCAGUCGGACCACUUUUGCGACGCACUACCGCGAGAAGAUUGAGGCCUUCUUUGCGCCGGUGGCCGCCCGUCUGGACGCCCUCUUUGGUCGGUACAAGGCGGCGGAUGACUGCGACUGGCAGAAGAUCAGCCGCAUCACGCCCGCCCACCUGGAGGUCUUUCUGCGGCGGGUGGCGCGCAAGUUCACCCACUCGAAGAUUGACCCGGGCACGGCCAUUGGGGCCAUCUGUGCGCAGUCGAUUGGCGAGCCGACGACGCAGAUGACGCUCAAGACGUUUCACUUUACCGGCGUCGCCUCGAUGAACAUUACGCAGGGUGUCCCCCGCAUCACCGAGAUCAUCAACGCCACGAAGAACUCCUCCACGCCCUUCAUUGUAGCCCAUCUGCUGGACUCGGGCAGCGAGGCGGCGGCCGAGGCGACGAAGCUGAAGAUCGAGAAGGUCUACCUCGACCAGAUCUGCCGGAAGAUCUACCAGUGCACUGAUAAUGGCGAGCUCUGCUACGUCCUGGCGCUCAACGAUGAGCUCUUUACUAAACAGCUCCACCUGAAUGAGAAUGCUCUCGUGGAGGAGAUCAACGCCCAGCUGAAGCCAACGAGCGUCAAGGCGGUCUACCCGUACAUUAAAAUCUGCCCUCGCGUCAAGCGAAUGGUCUACCUGCCGGCCAUCUUUGAGGACGAGAUUUCCAAUGUGGUCAUCAGCGGCAACCGCUCCGUGGAGCGGGUCACCAUCCGCGAGGACAGCAAGGACGGCUACUACCUGGCCAUCGAGGGCAACGGCUUGCGCGACGUGCUGGCCACGCGGGGCAUCAACGCCCGCCGCACCACCUCCAACAACAUUCACGAGGUGGCGGCG